AUGAUGAAAUCAAAAGCAGCAGUAAAGCCCAAUAAGAGAAGUAGUUUAACUUUCAAGGACAUUUGGAUGAAUGGAGUAAUCGAUACGGGUGCAGAUCUGACAAAAGAAAGAGUAUGCUUGGUCGGAAUUGGGGACAGUGAACUUACAACAAUAGGUAGCUUCCCCAUCCGCAUUGAAGUUGAUGGCAUAUGGUUAGAAAUAAAAUUCCAUGUUGCCAAAGAGACUGAUUUGAAGUAUGCUCUAGUAAUUGGUAACAACAUUUUGAAGGAUGUGGAUCUGAUUGUAACCGAGGAUGGUGCGGAGUUUAGACGUAAAGGAGCAGGAAAACAACAACGUAAAGUGCAACAACUGGCUGAUAAGCAUAGCGAGAAAAGCUCGGAUGGUGCUGAUGUUAAGGAGCAUGCAGCUGAAGCCGUCGAGCUGGAGACUAAAGUAACGGGUGAGCACAAGCAGGUGCAAAAGACUGUGAGCCGAAACAGUGGUAUGCAAAAGGCGGUGGCUAUAGAGCACAGCGAGUACGUGAGCGAGCGCGAUGCUCUGGCUGAGAAGCCACGUGAGCAUCCACCAAUGUGGAACGCUAUGGAGAAGCUGUAUAAUGAAGGCGCAGGCAAGAGCGUUGUUAUAGCAGGAAAGUCAGUGGCAGUUGCGGGCGAAAAUCGAGUUGUCCAGCUGAUGAAGGAGUUCGGUGAAUUAUGUCUGGCCGAAAGCAUAAACGAGAAGGCCGACGUUGAAGUGAACGUAUCCCACCUACCGGUAGAGCAGGCAGAUGCGGUGAAAGAAAUGGUUGGCGCAUAUAUCCCUGUGAGAAAUUUUAAGUCACCAGUCGAAAUGAAAAUUUUGUUAAUCGAUGAUAAUCCUGUAUUCGAGAGACCGAGACGAAUGUCCUACGCUGAUCGAUGCGUAGUGGGCGAGCAAGUCACGCAGUGGCUGCCAGAAGGGAUCAUUAAACCCAGUAUUUAUUACGCGUCACCAGUUGUACUUGUAUCCAAGAAAGAUGGAGGAAAACGACUCUGCUGUGAUUAUCGACGACUGAAUGAAAAGAUAGUCUAA